ACGAAAAAUAUGCUCAAGAAUACCACCGGGUCCUUACUGUACAGAACGUUAAUUUUAAGUUAUCGACGAAAUAUUUUUUUUUAGUUUCCAGCAGGCCCACGGAAAUCAACACAUUGCGGCGCUACUGACCCGCUUCCGCAGUUACGACACAAGGAAGAUCAAGCAAUUAACACGUGAGCAUCGCGGAGUCGCGCCAUAGGGACGGAAUAACGUUCAAUAUUGCGCCAAUAGUUUUCUCCCGGAUUUAUUCAGUAAGCAUCGCAUUACUUUACAGCAUUAGUGACAGACUGUGACCUCCCUGCCAUGUCCGCGACAGCCGUGAUGGACCCUUCCGGGCACGUAGGACACAUAUCACACCGUACUGAUGAGGCCUCCGUGGAUAUUGUUGCCGUGGAUACCGUCGGCAGUGAGUCAUCGGAAGACGAUUCGGUGGGCGAGAGGGAUGAGGGUGCGACGACUCCGGACGAGCCCAGCGUGACCCUCGACAGCGCGCCGGAAGUCCAGUCUCAGAAAACUGAGGCUCCACGACACUCCUCGCCCACUGUGGUGCCCCCCGUCUUGUCUCUGUGGACCUCUCAAUGUGAUGGGGAGGUCAAGCUGAGGAUGUCUGCGACAGGCUUGGCGUCUGAGCAGCCCGUGACGGUGUCGCAGCUCCUCGGCCGCGCCGUACAGCGCUACGGGGACCAGGCAGCCCUGGCCUGGAAGGAGGGAGAGCAGUGGAGCAAGAUGUCCUAUCGGGAAUACCACCAGCAGUGCAGGACCAUCGCCAAGAGCUUCCUCAAGCUGGGUCUGGAGCGUUGGCAUGGUGUGGGUAUCCUGGGCUUCAACUCCGCUGAAUGGUUCAUCGCCAACAUUGCUGCCAUCUUGGCUGGGGGCCUGGCGGUGGGCAUCUACACCACCAACUCACCAGAGGCCUGUCAGUACGUGGCAGAGAACUGCAGGGCCAACAUCAUCGUGGUGGAGAACCACAAGCAGCUGCAGAAGGUCCUGCAGGUACAAGACAAGCUCCCCCAUUUAAAAGCCAUAAUCCAGUACAGAGACACGCUGAAGGAGAAGCGGCCGAAUCUAUUCACGUGGGCGGAGCUUGUGGAGAUGGGUCGUAAUGAACCCGACAACCGAUUGGAUGAGAUAAUCGCCAGUCAGAAGCCCAGCCAAUGCUGCAGCUUGAUCUACACCUCUGGCACUACUGGCCAGCCCAAGGGCGUGAUGCUCAGUCACGACAACAUCACCUGGACGGCCCUAAUCGCAGCAGAAACAGUGCGUCUCAAUGACGGCACCGUCAGCCAGGAGGAGAUAGUGAGCUAUCUGCCUCUCAGCCACAUAGCUGCACAGAUGAUUGACAUCUGGCUAACCAUGAGGAUCGGGGGCGUGGCCUAUUUUGCUCAGCCCGACGCCCUGAAGGGCUCGCUGGUGGUCACGCUGCGGGAGGUUCGGCCCACGGCCUUCAUGGGUGUGCCACGUGUCUGGGAGAAGAUGCAGGAGAACAUGAAAUCGGUUGCCGCCAAGUCGUCCACCGUGCGGCGCAGAGUCGCCGUCUGGGCCAAGGGGGUGGGUCUGCAGACCAACCUGGGCAGGAUGCAGAGCAACGGCUCCGUCUCCGGGAGGCCCCUGAACUACCUGCUCGCCCGGCAGCUGGUCUUCCGGAAGGUCCGCAAGGCCCUGGGUUUGGACCGCUGCACCCGGUGCUAUACAGGUGCGGCCCCCAUCGCCAGGGACACGCUGGAGUUCUUCCUCAGCCUGGACAUCCCCGUGUACGAGCUGUACGGCAUGAGCGAGUGCUCGGGCCCCCACACCAUCUCCCUGCCCGACGCCUUCCGACUCACCAGCUGCGGGAAGGUGAUCAAGGGCUGCGAGACGAAGAUCAUGACCCCGGACAGCGAGGGGAGCGGCGAGAUCUGCUUCUGGGGCCGCCACAUCUUCAUGGGCUACCUCAACAUGCCCGAGAAGAUGGGGGAGGCGCUGGACGCGGAGGGCUGGCUGCGCUCUGGGGACCUGGGCAAGCAUGACGCCGAGGGCUUCCUCUACAUCACCGGCCGCAUCAAGGAGCUGAUCAUCACGGCGGGUGGAGAGAACAUCCCCCCAGUGCCCGUCGAGGACGCGGUUAAGGAGGCCAUGCCGCUGAUCAGCAACGCCAUGCUCAUCGGGGACAAGCGCAAGUUCCUCAGCAUGCUGCUGACCAUCAAGUGCCAGAUGAAUAUGGAGACGGGUGCCCCAGAGGACGAGCUGACGCCAGAUGCGCUGGACCUGUGCCAGAAGCUGGGCAGCCCUGCCACGCGGGUGUCCGAGAUCGCAGGCGGGCGGGAUCGAGCCGUCAACGCUGCCAUCCAGGAGGCCAUCAACAGCGCCAACGAGCAUGCCACCUCCAACGCACAGCGCAUUCAGAAGUGGGUCGUCCUGGAGCAUGACUUCUCUAUCCCAGGGGGAGAGCUGGGUCCUACAAUGAAGCUAAAGAGGCCAGAAGUUUUGAAAAUGUACAAGGAGCAGAUCGAGAACUUCUACAAUGAAGUGGUAACAGCCGAAACCCCCCUGGCCCCCAACUAAGAGGGUGUGGCCACAUGCCCCACCUCCAAAUAAGAGGGUGUGGCCACAUGCCCCACCCCAACUAAGAGGGUGUGACCACAUGCCCCGCCCCAAACUAAGAGGGUGUGACCACAUGCCCCGCCCCAAACUAAAAGGGUGUGGCCACAUGCCCUGCCCCCAAAUGUCCCAUCGUCAAAUAGGAGGACUGUGUCACAUGCCCCACCUGCUGUAAGUCCAAACACAGCACCCAGUCUCACACACACACAUGAAAAACCACCAGAGACUCCUACAGAUGUCAGUUUAACUGAUUGUGUAUAUUUGCUGUUAUAAAAAUUUAAUCCAAUGAGGGAGAAAAAUAUAUGUAUAUUUAUUCUUAAGAGAAUUUUUUGUAAUUAUAUAAUGUGGUUUCGAAAGGGGCAUUUUGUACAGUAUAUUACUUUUUAAAAACCAUGAAAAUAAUAUAAAAACUUUUUCCUGUACUAAUUAGUCAUCAGAUAACUGAGUGUUUCGAUUUGGGAUAAACCUACAAUGGGAACAAGAGAAGGGGGAGACAGAUCGUUCUCAGUAGUGCAAUAACGUGUGGUUUCUGCUCAUGGUGAGGGUGGGUAGCUCCGGAAAAUUUACCCACUUCCCCUAAAUUGUACCCUCACAAAAACCAAGGCGGGGAAGCCUGGAAGAAUCUGUCCGUUACGCAUCUGCUGGGAGCCGCACAGUGAUGGGGAAUGUUUCACUCCUCUUCUGCGUGCCUUGCAGUGCAUUAUGGGUCCUCAUUCACACAUCUCUUUUCUGUUUUCGAGGUGAUUAAUGUUUAUCUAACGCAGGAUGAAGCAAAGGUUAAAAUAAUCCCUCAGGGAUAUUUUGCAUGGGUUUUUUUCCUGCACUGCUGUCCUGGGUGAAUCCGAAAUGUGGAAUAAUGUGACGCAGAGUGACGGGGUCUCUGGCUGAGCAAAGGGUAAUGGGCGACGCACCCCCCCCAUCCCCCCCCCCGGGUAUGAGGUCGAAUCCUAACCCAAAGCAUGAAGUCAUACCCCGCAUCUGGGACUGGGCUUUCUCGAUUCCUCUCCUGACUGCCACUUCUUCUGCCAACGCCGUGCUUGGCCUCUGUCACCUUCACGGCCACGAGAGGCCGAUGUGGGACAGAUCGACAUACACGUCCUGUGAAGUGCUGCCAUUCACUUAAGAAUUACUUGAAGGAUUCAUGAGAUGAAGGACUUUUGUUUUUAAAUAUAAAAUGCCUGCAGUCUUGGAUUUCCUACUGCUUUUUAUGCAAUAAACAUAGAGCCAUUUUGACAAGAGA